UGUCAUUCAUUCAUUCAUUUUCAAAAAUUCUAAUGACAUUAAUUAAGAGUAAGACAGGUAGGAGGUUGUUUUCGUGCUUACAUCAGUCGGUGCACAAGUAACGGAGAUAAAAGGAAACGAAAACCGGAGACUGAGCAAAGCACACCUGUCUCUCUCUCUUCACUCUUUCUUCCUCAAGCUUCUUCUUCUUUGCUCUCUCUCUCUCUCGUCUUUCUUCUCUUCCUCAUCAAGAAACCCUUUUGCAGCAAUUACGUAAAAUCUCUCUCUCUCUCUCUCUCUCUCUCUCUCUUCAAACAGUGUCCCUUAGUUAGCUCAAAACGACUUCUUUUUCCUGGAUUCCUUUUUUCGGUUUCGCCUUAACCACAAACAUCGUGGCUUUUGCUUCUUCUGCGAUUUGGUUUCCAGGUUUUGUGAAAGUUUUGUUUAGUGUUUUUUAAAUUUCGCUGCAGAGCUUAAGAAUAUGUCAGCUCCGGCACCAAAAGCGUCUGAGCCACAACCACAUCCUCCAAAAGAACAGCUUCCAGAUAUCUCUUAUUGCAUCACUAGCCCUCCUCCAUGGCCUGAAGCUAUUCUGCUUGGGUUUCAACACUACCUUGUAAUGCUCGGAACAACCGUUCUGAUUCCAUCGGCUCUUGUUCCACAAAUGGGAGGUAGAAAUGAAGAGAAGGCGAAGCUGAUUCAGACAAUACUCUUUGUAGCUGGAAUAAACACGCUGCUCCAAACAGUGUUUGGAACUAGAUUGCCUGCUAUUAUUGGAGCAUCUUAUACAUUUGUGCCAGUUACAAUCUCAAUCAUGCUUUCCGGGAGAUUCAACGACGUUGCUGAUCCAGUUGAUCGCUUUACGAGGAUCAUUCGAGCAACACAAGGUGCUCUAAUUGUUGCUUCAACUCUUCAGAUUAUACUUGGCUUCAGUGGCCUUUGGCGUAAUGUUGUAAGGUUCUUAAGUCCUCUUUCCGCUGCUCCGCUGGUUGGACUAGUUGGUUUUGGCCUGUACGAGUUAGGCUUUCCCGGUGUUGCUAAGUGUAUCGAGAUUGGACUGCCGGGGCUUAUCAUUCUUAUACUUAUAUCACAUUACACGCCACAUGUUAUGAAGGGAGGAAAACAUGUGUUCGCUCGCUAUGCAGUCAUAUUUACUGUGGCGAUAGUUUGGCUUUAUGCUUUCUUUCUUACAAUUGGUGGUGCCUAUAAUGGUGACAAAACAGAUACUCAAAGAAGCUGCCGAACUGAUCGUGCUGGGCUUAUUGGUGCUGCUCCAUGGAUAAGAGUUCCAUGGCCGUUCCAAUGGGGAACACCAUUAUUUGAUGCCGGUGAAUCCUUUGCCAUGAUGAUGGCUUCUUUUGUUGCUCUUGUUGAGUCAACAGGCGCUUUUAUUGCCGUCUCAAGAUAUGCUAGUGCCACCAUGCCGCCACCUUCUGUUAUCAGCCGCGGUGUUGGUUGGCAGGGAGUUGCAAUUUUGAUCUCAGGGUUGUUUGGAACUGGCAUAGGCUCUUCAGUUUCUGUCGAGAAUGCUGGUCUUAUAGCACUUACAAAAGUCGGUAGCAGAAGAGUUGUCCAAAUAUCUGCCGGAUUUAUGAUAUUCUUCUCAAUUCUUGGGAAGUUUGGGGCAGUGUUUGCAUCAAUACCUGCUCCUAUUGUUGCGGCCUUGUUCUGUCUCUUCUUCGCGUAUGUAGGUGCUGGAGGACUAAGUUUGCUGCAGUACUGCAACCUUAAUAGCUUCAGGACGUUGUUCAUUUUGGGCUUCUCAAUCUUCCUAGGCUUAUCUAUUCCACAGUAUUUCAACGAGCACACAGCCAUUAAAGGCUAUGGUCCAGUUCAUACAGGAGCAAGAUGGUUCAAUGACAUGGUCAAUGUACCCUUCUCAUCCAAGGCCUUUGUGGGAGGAUGUGUGGCUUACUUUUUGGACACGACACUGCACAAAAAUGAUGGUUCGAUCAGGAAAGACCGAGGUAAACAUUGGUGGGACAGAUUCUGGACUUUCAAGGGUGACCCAAGAACCGAAGAGUUCUAUGCUCUUCCUUUUAAUCUCCACAAAUACUUCCCUCCUGCCUGAAAAACUUUCUGUUGGUUUUAUGUGCAAAUUCGGUGAGGAGACCAGAAAACAACUAUAUACUAUAACCCACAGUGUUGGCGAACAUUACUGUGAUGCUUGUUUCUAUGUUUAGAUGUUUUGUAUUAGGAUGAUGAUGGUUUUGUCAAAUCUAGAACAUUGAGUUUGGAUGCAUAAUGUUGCUAUUAACAAUUCGCAUAUCUUUCCCAAAAUUGUCUUUCAGAGGUGAUUUCUUUUGUGAUAUCGCUUACCAAAAAUAAUGUUAUUGUGUUGUUUUA